CCGGACGACGUGCUGCGUCGUUACUUUUGAAACGCUUGGCGGGGAAGUGCUGUGGGAGCCGCUGUGGUUGCUGUCCGCCGAGUGCAAGUGCGUGCCUUUGUUUGUGUCCCUGGCCAUGGCGCUGCAGCUCUCCCGGGAGCAGGGAAUCACCCUGCGCGGGAGCGCUGAAAUCGUGGCCGAGUUCUUCUCAUUCGGCAUCAACAGCAUUUUAUAUCAGCGUGGCAUAUAUCCAUCUGAAACUUUUACUCGAGUGCAGAAAUACGGACUCACCUUGCUUGUAACUACUGAUCUUGAGCUCAUAAAAUACCUAAAUAAUGUGGUGGAACAACUAAAAGAUUGGUUAUACAAGUGUUCAGUUCAGAAACUGGUUGUAGUUAUCUCAAAUAUUGAAAGUGGUGAGGUCCUGGAAAGAUGGCAGUUUGAUAUUGAGUGUGACAAGACUGCAAAAGAUGACAGUGCACCUAGAGAAAAGUCUCAGAAAGCUAUCCAGGAUGAAAUCCGUUCAGUGAUCAGACAAAUAACAGCUACAGUGACAUUUCUGCCACUGUUGGAAGUUUCCUGUUCAUUUGAUCUGCUGAUUUAUACAGACAAAGAUUUGGUUGUACCUGAAAAAUGGGAAGAGUCGGGACCACAGUUUAUUACCAAUUCUGAGGAAGUCCGCCUUCGUUCAUUUACUACUACAAUCCACAAAGUAAAUAGCAUGGUGGCCUACAAAAUUCCUGUCAAUGACUGAGGAUGACGUGAGGAAAAUGUAAUUGUAAUUUUGAAAUUUGGUUUUCCUGAAAUCAAAUCAUCUAUAGUUAAUAUGUUUUAUUUCAUUGGUUAAUUUUUACAUGACGAAAACCAAAAUGAUACUUACUGAACUGUGUGUAAUUGUUCCUUUUCUUUUUUGGUACCUAUUUGACUUACCAUGGAGUUAACAUCAUGAAUUUAUUGCACACUGUUCAAAAGGAACCAGGAAUUUUUUUUGUCAACGUUGUGAUGUAUAUUCCUUUGAAGAUAGUAACUGUAGAUGGAAAAACUUGUGCUGUAAAGCUAAAUGCUUUCCUAAAUCAGAUAUUUUGGUCAAGUAGCUUGACUCAGUGUAGGUAGGGAGAUAUUUAAGUAUAAAAUACAGUAAAGGAAGUCUAAAUAUUCAGAAUCUUUGUUGAGGUCCUGAAAGUAACUAAUAAUCUAUAAACAAUGAAAUAUUGCUGUAUUAGCUCCUUUUGACCUUCAUUUCAUGUAUAGUUUUCCCUAAUGAAUCAGUUUCCAAAUUUGACUUUAAUUUAUGUAACUUGAACCUAUGAAGCAAUGGAUAUUCGUACUCUUUAAUGUUCUGUGAUACAGAACUCUUAAAAAAUGUUUUUUUGUGUGUGUGUUUUAUAAAAUCAAGUUUUAAGUGAAAGUGAGGAAAUAAAGUUAAGUUUGUUUUAAAUUUGUCUUAAAA